AUGACAUUCCAUGAUGAGACGGGCGAGAUUGAUGCUGUGGCGUGGGAUAAGGCAGUUGACCUGAGUGAGCGUUUGGAGAUUGGCAAGCUUUACCAAAUUCCGAACGCGAAGCUGGUGGACAGCUCGGAUUGUUUUACCCGCACGAAUCACUGGCUUCAAGUCCAGAUCCACAGCAACGAUAAAAUUUACGAGCUGCAGGAUUCCGGCCGCAUACUGUGCAUCUUUUAUGAUUUUAGGCGCAUUAACUCGCUGGAAUGGUUCAAUGAUAGCAGGCAUGUUGAUCUCGUUGCUAUAAUUGUUCGUCUUGGUCAGCCCAUCAAGGGCAUGAAGAAGUUCAAGGACCAGGAGGGCAACGAGCGCGAAUUGAUCACGGACCAUGUGGACGUCUAUCUUGGUGACAAUUCCGGUGAAUUCGUGCUCCUUGCGGCUUUUGACGACUACGGCCCGCAGUUCAUUGGCAGGGAAGGCGAGGUCAUUACUAUAAAAAAUGCGCUGAUUGACAAGUACGGGAAUUCGGUGUCACUCAAGACAAAGGAGUUUACGACCGAGUUGUUGUUUGAAUCAGGGAAUCAUGCUCACAAGGUCCUCAAGGAGUGGUUCGAGUCUCCCGGUUCGAUUGCCGACACCCUGUGCCUUAUGACGGGCACCUACAGCGCAGAUAGCGUGCCCGAUAGCUGGUUCACGGCCAACAUCCCCACCAAGACCAUCAAGGAGAUCUUCACGGAUGGAAUUGGUGCUCAUGGUGUGCGUAGUCAAGUCAAGGUGCGCGGGACUGUCUCAUUCUACUCGGACCGCGAGUACACGUACCUCGCCUGCCCGAACCCGAAUUGCAACAAGAAGGCUCAGGUAGCGGAGAGUGGAAACAGCACAGUGUGGUGGUGCACCCAUUGCAAGACGGUCUAUCUGGUGCCUUCAGAGAAGUAUCGUUUGAACAUGCAGAUGCGUGAUACCAUGGGUCUGAACAAUUGGAUCACAGCUUUCAAUGGUGCCAUGGAGCGCCUCUUUGGCCAAUAUGCGUGUAUUCUGAAUGCUGCCGCAGCCAAGAAGUAUGUGAUCACUAUCCAAGUGAAUACAUUGGAGGGAGGUAACUGA